AUGUCAGAUCGUUUUGUGGAAUUAACAGACAUCCUAACCUUGUCCCAAGUAUAUAAAAAAGGUGGAUUUGAUUAUCGGAUCCCAGAAAGAUUUAAACAUGAUAUAAGUUUUUCUCACAAUAAAACUUUUAAUGAUAAGAUAUCUUUAAUCAAAGAAGACAUUACGAAAUUGAAAAUUGACUCAAUUGUUAAUGCUGCAAAUGAGUUUCUCAUGGGAGGAGGAGGAGUUGAUGGGGCGAUUCACAGAGCUGCAGGGCCAGGAUUAAGGGGUGAAUGUCGGGAGUUGGGAGGUUGUCCAACUGGUGAUGCUAAAAUAACAAAAGGUUAUGAUUUACCAGCAAAAUAUAUUAUUCAUACUGUUGGGCCUGUAGGAGAACACGAAGAACUUCUCAAUAGUGCUUAUAGACGAUCAUUAGAAGUUAUGAUUGACAACAACCUUAAGAGUAUAGCAUUUUCAAAUAUAAGCACAGGUGUUUAUGGAUAUCCUCGUGUUGGUGCUGCACAAGUGGCUAUGAAAACAAUUAGAAAAUGGAUGGAUGAUUUUGAACAUAUUGAAAAGAUUGAUAGAAUAAUCUUUUGUGUUUUUGAGGAAAGUAAUAGAAAAAUAUACGAGGGAUUAUUGCCUUUAUACUUUCCACCACCACCUGAAGGUAGUGAUAAUGAUGCUGAUAUAUUAGAAAAACAAGAAAAAGAGAAUGAUGCUGGUACAGCAGAGAAACAAGAAGAGGUGAAUGAAGCUGAUACAGCGGAGAAACAAGAAAAGGUGAAUGAAGCCGAUACAGUGGAGAAACAAGAAAAGGAGAAUGAAGCCGAUACAGUGGAGAAACAAGAAAAGGAGAAUGAAGCUGAUAAAAUGGAGGAACAAGAAAAGGAGAAUGAAGCUGAUACAAUGGAUGAACAAGAAAAAGAGAAUGAUGUUGAUUCAGGAGAGGAACAAGAACAAAGUAACAAAGCUGAUAAAAUGGAGGAACAAGAACAAAGUAACAAAGAUGAUAAAAUGGAGGAACAAGAACAAAGUAACAAAGAUGAUAAAAUGGAGGAACAAGAACAAAGUAACAAAGAUGAUAAAAUGGAGGAGGAACCAGAACAAAGUAACAAAGAUGAUAAAAUGGAGGAGGAAUCAGAACAAAGUAACAAGGUUGAUACAGUGGAGAAACAACAAAAAGAGAAUGAAACUAUUAACGAAAUUAAGCAAGAAAAUGAUGAUGAAACUAUUGAAAAUAAACAAGAAGAAAUUAAAUCAUGA